AUGUCGACAUUGUCCACCAGCGCUAGAAAACAGAAAGAGGACGACAUCGAGCGCCUAGUGAAAUGCCGGCUUCGUUCCGAGGUUGAGGCUCGCAAAGCUGUAGAAAGCACCAUGAAACGCGCAGUACAAGAGACACGGGAGUUGAAAAAAGAGCUCGUUCUUUUGCGCCAGGAAAAAGAGGAACUGCGCUUAGCCGCUCGAAAAAAUUUGCUUUCAGCUUCUAUUAGCAGUGGCAAGGAAACGACUCGAGGAGGCAGCGCUGGACCCAACCGAGACAACCAGAGUGGUAAGCAAGGCAGUAAUAAGACUCACAAACGAGUUGCAGCAGCAAGUCUCUGA